AUUAGAAUUAGUCCAAUAAGAUACCAUAAUUCAUUAAGAUUAUCCUAAAUAUCCUAAUAAACCUAAAGAUCCUAUAAAACACAUUAUUUAAAGCCGAACUAUAAUUAAAAAUAUUCUAAAAUUAAUUAAAAAAUUAUUUAUAUUUCCAUUUGUAACUAUAGACUGAGGCUACAAGUGGUCUGACUUUGACCAUCGGUCAACUCAAACACCAGGCAAACAGUAUAGCCAUGGCUUUGAUCGGUCGGGGAGUGACUAAAGAGGAUGUAAUCGCGUUUUGCGGCCAAAAUUCGAUACAACACUUGGUGUUGAGAUUUAUGACCGCAUUUCUAGGCCUAACGUUCGUACCGUUGAGUCCGGGGUUUGGAAAGUAUGAGCUGAAGCACAUGUGUGAGUCGACCGGCGCCACGAUUGUCAUGAGCUCAGCGCAAGACUUUCAUAAAUUUGACUGGCUUUUGGACGAUCGUGGUAACUUGGCCAGCGCCGUGGUCAUUAAGCACGUGGUGAUUUUUGAUGGCAAACACGACACUCACGUCACGUUUGACACGUUGUUGGCUGAGGGGGGCGUCGGUCGCACAUUAAGCCGAUACCCGCACUUUGUCGUACACCCGGACACCGAUAUGUGUUUUCUAAUACAUACGUCGGGCACCACUGGGCCCUUGAAGUGCGCAAUGAUACCGCACCGGGCGGUCAUCUCGGCCUGUGGUGAAACGCGUUUAUUCAAUUAUGAUCGCAUCGAUGGUCAGGUGGUGUGCGCAACAGUGCACCCUUUCGGACACAUUAGUGGUACUUAUCUGAUACCAAUGCAAGUGCUAAAUGGUGUUCAUUGCAUACUGUUUGCCGAAUUGACUGAACAGAGUCUUAUGCGAGGCAUUGAAAAGUAUAACAUCAAUGUUUUGGCUGUGUUUCCAGAGAUGGCUCGCAAACUGAUCGAUGGCGAUUUGGUUGGCAAAUAUGAUAUGAGUAGCCUGAAAUGUAUUAACACGGGUGGCGCCGGUGUUCCCGGCAAUAUUGCCAAAGAGAUUAUUAAAAAGUAUGGCAUUUGGUUUAAAGAAGGUUACGGAAUGACCGAGCUCACGUGGGUGACAGACGGGUCUGAUCUCAAUGACGAGUUUAUACCGGGAAAUACUGGUAAUGUGUCGCCGGGUUGCGAAGUAAAGGUGAUUGACUUAAACACCGGUGAAAGUGUUGGGCCCAACCAAGAUGGUGAGAUAUGUGUGCGUGGUGAGAAACUAUUCGCUGGUUAUCUUAAUAAUGAAAUGGCAACGAAAGCGGCCAUUAAUAGGGACGGGUGGUAUCGGACGGGCGAUAUCGGGCGCUACGACGAUAGGGAGCGUAUAUUCAUCACCGAUAGACUCAAAGAUGUGUUUCACGUAGUCGUUAACAACCACUAUAUGAACGUAUCUCCCGUUGAGAUCGAGCAACACUUACUGACCCACCCGUCCAUCGCUGAAGUGGCUGUUGUGGGCGUGAAUAACAAAGCGGGCACUCAAUGGCCCCGGGCUUAUGUAGUUCUCAAAGCUAAUGUGUCUAAUAUUACGGGCACACAAAUUGAUGAAUAUGUUUCAGACACUUUGGCCGACUAUAAGCGACUGAAGGCAGGCGUUGUGUUCAUCGAUGCCAUCAAACGAACUGAAAGCGAAAAAGUCGACCGAAAAUACUACCGGUCUUUGGUUAAGGACGAAGUGCUUGACUAUUAGUACACUUUUAAUUUUAUUGUGACUUUACAAACAA